UUUUUUCCGAGGUGCUCCUGAAGGCCUCACUGAUUGGCUGAUACACCUGACGCACACCUGAGCUGACAAACGGCUCAAAAAGACAAACAGGGCUGUCACGGAACAAACGAACAAAAACAUUGUUUGAUUUCUGUAGCGAUGAAAAGCAGGGCACACAGGAUGUGUCUGCAGGUGUGAUGUUUGUACCUGUCAUACCUGCCUCAGCUCAAAAUGGAUGAACUUGAAGAAAGGCGUGCCAACCAGCAGAGACCUCCACCUGUUUCCAGCUCCCCUCUAUCGUCUGUCAGCUUCACCCAAACGUGGCCGCCUGUCGAAUCCCCUCUGCGGCCUCCCUGGAGGGAUGGCUCUCUUCAGUCGAGUCCUCCGUCUCGACUCUUCGAGGAACUCUUCUGUUCCAGGCACGCUCCCGCCACUCUGGUCCCUCUGGCCGGCGCCCUCGUGACCUCCUCCUCCUCCUCUGGGCCGCAGAGCGACGUGGUGAAGAAAGGUUUUCUGGGGAAGCUGGAGAAGAAUCACAGGAGGUAUUUUGUGCUGCGAGCGGGAAGUCACACCGGGCCGAGUCGACUCGAGUGGUACAAGAGCCAGGAGAAGUUUGCAGCCGCGGAGAAGUCGGCUGGUAAAGCUGGGCUGUUUAGCUCGAGCAAGCAAGGGGUGAUCUACCUCAGGUGCUGUCUCGGCGUGAGUCGGAUUGGCAGUUCCAGGAAAGGCCACACGGUGGCGCUGUACGCCAAAGAUCAGACCGUAGUUCUGGUGGUGGAGGACCAGUGGGAACAAGAAGAAUGGUACCAGGCCAUCCGGAAACUGAUGGAGGAAGAGCGGAAGGAUGACGAGCACGGUGAAGGGUUCGACGAGGAGGACGAUGACGGGUACUGCACUUUGCCGCCUGCUGCUUUCUUCAAAGAGGUUUGGUCCGUCACGGUGAAGACCAGAGGUCUGGGCUGUUCCAAGUCUCUGGCUGGGGAGAGUCACCUCUGCCUGACGGCGACCUCUCUCAUCUUGGUCAGAGUUGGCGCGUGCAGCGAUUCGCCGUCCGUCACGAUACCGUUGCUGAGCGUUCGACGGUUCGGCCACUUGGACGGCUCGUUCUUCUUGGAGCUCGGCAGGUCGGCGCCAAACGGUCCCGGAGAGAUCUGGAUGGAAGCGAGAGGCCAAGGAAACCUUGCAGUGGCCCAACACAUUCACGAGGUGGUUCGAGAGACGGUCAGAGCGCUAAGAGCUCUUCCAGACUUCAGCCGGUCUCCGACCUCCAACCACAACCAGCUCCAAACUCUUCUGGCCUCAAAGCGCUGCCGACCCAAAUACAGAGACAAGCCGCUGAAUGUGAGACCUCUUGGAUCCCGUCUGGUCCUGCCCGCCAAAAACCCUGAAAGUCCAACACAAUGUCGCCUGGAGCUCCGCAAACCAGACCAGACAGAGCCUGAAUCUACUCCGAGCUCCACGCCUGAGACUAGCUGCUACAUGGAGAUGAAGACGGAUCAUCUCCUGGUGAAUAACGAGAGGGGAGACGACUCCAGAACAACUGACGUGGUGACCGAGGACGCCUGCAGGGUGGCAGCCUGGGAGCCAGGUGAGCAGCAGGAGGUGGAGGAGGUGGAGGAGGGGCUGGGGUACAUGAUGAUGUCACCACAGGUGAGCCACAGUUCGUCUGUGCUGCCUCAGGACGAGUACGUAACCAUGGCGAGCCCACGUAAACACGACUGGCCAGCUGACUCCUCCUCCUCCUCCCUUCAGACGUCAUUCAACAGCUCCACCUCUGACAGCUGCUCUCCUCUCCACCCGUCACAUCACUGGACGGUGACCUCCACCCGCCCAGGACAGAUCAGGACCGCUUCAUCUCCUUUUGUCACAAGUGAGCCAGGCUGUACCAGCCCAGUCCAGGUUGGUCCAAACUCUGUUCGACUGCAGUCUACCAGAAGAUGCCGGCUGUCGUUGUGUUUGCCUUUCUGCCUGCAGGCGGAGGACAGAUCCUGAGCGAUGGAUGGAUGAAUGAUGAUAGCACAGUGUGAUUACUGCUGGAGGUUAAUCACACGUGUUGUGACAGAAACUGAAGUAAAUGUUUGAAUCAGAGCUCGGGUUUUGAUUUGAAGCUGUUAUAUGAAAGAAUUAAAAAUAAUAAAGUCACAUGAAUGCACGUUUUUCUUCAGCCCUUCAUUGACGAGUUGUUACAGCUCAGUUUGGAUGUUUUUCAAUUGAAACGCCUAAACUGAAACUUCUUUAACAUUUUAGUGGCUGCAUUAGUGUUGCUGCUUUGUCAAACAUGUUUAGAGUCUUGUUCAGUUGUCGUUUUGGUCAGAUUAUUGUAAAAUUUUAAAAAAUCCUCAGUGAUAGGGAGUGUGUGUUGUCUUUGAGAGAAAUGUUCAAACACAGGAGUGUGUUAACCUCUUGGUUUUCCGAUCCAGCAGCACACUCUGCCAUCUGUAUAGAGAAGUAAAAAAAAAAGGAUAUAUGGAUUGUUGUAAUGAUGCAUGACUACGUAAGCUAUCAAUUACUGAUGAAAUACUUGAAGUGGGGCACCUCAAAAUUAUACUUAAAGCUCCAGUGAAUCAGAUUUAAGGGGAUUUAUUGACAUAAUACAAGAGAGAUUUAAUAUAAUGUGCAUAAUUAUGUUUUCUUUAGUGUCGAAUCAGAUGAAAAUAAGAAAUUUUAUGUGUCUGUCACCUUAGAAUGAGACUUUUAUAGCUUCAUGUUUCAGAACAGAAACUAAACACUGGCUCUAGAUGUGUCUUUAUGAACAUUAACACACAGAUGUUCAUGAUGGACACAUUAAAGUUUUCUCUACACAGACAGCAGGGUGUGCUGCCGUCUCUGCAGUGGAGACAGUUUGAGGAAGUUUAAGGGAAAGGUACAGAUAAAGAGGAUAAAUUAUUUUUUAUUCAACCAUAAAUAAAAACACAGAGUGUUGGAGUCGGAUCAUAGGCCGCCGUGGAAACCCGUGUGGUGAGAGGUGGACAAAAACAACAUUUAACCAUGUGGAACAAACUG